AGAUAACAUGACGAUGCUUGUACACUUCGUCACAUCUUCAAGAAAAAUGGAGCAAAAACUGUUGUAUUUCAGUAAUAAAAACAGUCUUACUCUAUAGGCCUAAAUAGAAAAAAAUGUUUUUACAAAAUUAACUUAAUUUAGAAUGGGGAGUUUUAGUGAGAUCGUGUAAAAAAGUACAGUACGGGGCAGUGAGGGAUCUUGUCUGAAAGUUAUGUAAUGGGUACAAAGAGGUUCGGGUUUUGUCUGUAGUGAAACCUAGUUCGGGGGCUGUGUAGCGGACGAUGUGGCAGGCUUCAGCUACAACAACACGAGCGCAGCAGACAUUCCGCACUCGGCUUUAGUGCAUUGUCAGAAUUCCAUGGCGAACGUGACACUGAUUAAACAAGUUGUGUGGACAAGCAGCAGGUGGUAGGUGUGCUGCGCCAGAUGGAGAGGUUUCUGAAGGGCCAGGAGCUGAGGUUUAACGAAGCCUUCCGCAUUAUGAAGUCCAAAAUGGCGCUACUCCACAACUCUGUGUCCAAGCUUCCUCAGGCUGACCAAUCAGCUGCUCCCUCCAUCUGCCCCCCUCUAGAAGACCCUGUCAAUGGCAGGAAGUUUGGCUCAAAGUACUUAGAGGGUCAUGAGGUCCAUUUCACCUGUUCCCAUGGUUACCAUCUGGUUGGCACAGGAACACGUGUGUGCCAGGAGAAUAGCAGCUGGAGUGGAGCCAACGCCAUCUGUACAGAUGUGAAUGAGUGCUCCAGUGCCCCCUGCCUUAAUGGAGGGACAUGUGUGGAUUGGCGGGCCCAGUACAGGUGCACCUGUCCACAGAACUGGAGUGGGUCACGCUGCCAGCACCAGACCCAGACGGUGGUACCCAGGCACUCGCAGGCCCAUAGGAUGAAGGCUAAGCUCCCUCUCCUUUCGCGUCCAGCGCUGCCAGAAUGGAGCGUGAUGGAUGACCCGGCAUUCAGCCGCCGGCCGCGCUGUACCAAAGUGGACCGCGCCCAGCACUGCAGCUGCGACGCAGGAUUCCACAUGAGUGGGACCUCCGACAGCAGUAUCUGCCAGGAUGUGAAUGAAUGUGAGGUGUUUCGGCUGGACCAGGGGGGGAAGCUGUGUGCUCAUGCGUGUGUGAACGUACCCGGGUCCUACCAAUGCUCCUGCCCCCGCGGCUACAAGCUGCUCUCCGACUCGCGCAGCUGUGAGGGGUUGUGCUCUUCAGAUGUGGACGAGUGUCUGUCCCAGCAGCAUAACUGUUCCAGAGGGACCACCUGCAUCAACACGGGCGGAGGCUUCCAGUGUGUCAACCCUGAGUGUCCACAUUCCCAUGGCAAUGUGAGCUACAUCAAGACGUCUCCAUUUCAGUGUGAGAGGAAUCCUUGCCCCAUGGAGAGUCGUUCCUGCCAUCUCGCCCCCAAGACCAUCUCCUUCCACUUUCUGCCCCUACCCUCCACCCUCCAGACGCCUGCCACGCUGUUCCGUAUGGCCACCGCCGCCCCGCCCAGCCCUCCCUCCCCUGGGCGCUCCGGCCCAGACAGCCUGCGCUUUGGCAUUGUCGGGGGAAACCCGCGGGGCCUGUUUGUAAUGCAGCGCUCUGAUAGGCAGACGGGAGAGCUGAUCCUAGUCCAACCAAUACGGGGUCCACAGGAGGUCAGCGUGGAGGUGGACAUGGCAGAGUACUCAGACAGAGUCUUCCAGGCCAAACACCUAGCCAGGGUCACCCUGCUGGUGUCACCUUACAACUUCUGAGGAGAGGAGGAAUGAGGGGAGGGGAGAAGGAAUACAGAGGAGGAGAGGAGGGAAGGAGAGUAAUGAG